UUUUUGCUGCCUUCGAAUAAAGGUGGUUUUUUUCACCCUCACUGCAAAAAACGUUUCCAAUUAUUUGGAGCUCAUGAAGCGGUUGCGGGGAACAAGACGCACUUCAAAUUCGGCAGGAAAAAGAAAAGUGGAGAGCAAAUAAUUAGAAGGUGGAGGGAAUGCGACUUUUGCUGCGCCGAGUGAACCGGCGGCGCCAAGCCUCGACUUCUUCCAUCAGCAGCGCGGGCGGGCGCCAAACGCCAGGCGCCUCCUGGGAAAACACCCGAAGCUGUCCGGGCAGCCUCAAGUGCCACCGCCGCGAACUGCCGCACCAGUCGUCGUCCACCUACACCUGUGGUCUGCAGAGGCACAACAGCGACCCUGGCUCUCUGAAGGCGCGCAGCCCCAGCCCCGCCGCUGUCGACGCGUCUCGCCGAUUCCACGCCGCCGACUCGCCGUCCGGAAGCAGCGUCGCCAUCGAUUUGCAUGGACACGCGGACUCGAGAUGGUCUUUGUACAAACCAUCUGCACACUGGGACGAAGUGUUCGAUCCAGGUCGCGACAGCCACCUGCACUCGGAGUUCGUGGACGAGCAGACCUUCAACCUGAAGCAGCUGAUGGAGGCCGGUCGACCCCGCAGCCGCCUGCGCUGUCUGGCCCUCGUCUUUGCCAUUCUCUACCUGGCGUACGCAUUUUACGUGACGAUCAGCAGAGUCAACAGAGCGUGCAAGCCAAUUACCGGAGGGAUUAGAAGUACUCCCGCGCCGACCACCACAACCACUAAUCCCACCACUGACAUUAUGGCAGCUUCGGCCAAACACAACUGAGAGCAAAAUAAAUACGUGGCUAGCAACUAAAAAUAGCGCAAAUCGUCGCCAGUGAUUUACAUAAUUUGAGACUGCUUUAGGAAAUUUGUGAUAUAAACAAUAAAUGCUUAAAAUAGUUUUAAUUUAUAUGUGAAAUUUUUCAAUAUCAGCCACAACAAGAUUGUUCAUCUACGAUAUCUGUAUCUCUUGAAAUGGAACCAAAGCUGAAAGAUGUUGUUGUGGAACUGGCAACGGAAACCUCUCUUGUACGAAUAUUCCCAUUCUCGGUUGACGAUUUUAAAUGCUAUGUCUUCGUACGGCGGUCCGGCGUGGAAACGCAGAAUGGCAAAGUCUCGAUUGUCCCCACAAGGUGUCUGAAAAUAAUAAUAAAAAACCAAUCA